AUGAGUGAGGAAGUAGAUAGCUUGGCCAAUGUAAGGCCUCAAGUAUAUGAACGUUUUAAUGCAAAAUCAGAUCCUCGUUUUAAACAAAUGAGAAUGAAAGAUCGCAAGAUUAAGAUUGACAAACGUUUUAGUAAAAUAUUCACUGAUGAUGAAUUCAGUAUAUCUACCCCAAUUGAUCCAUUUGGUAGGAAAAAAUCAAAGAAGAAGAUAGACGAGGAUAUGCACAAAUUUUAUGAAGUUGGAGAGAGUGAGAAAAGUACUCAAGGAGAAGAAAGUUCUUUAGACUCUGAAGAACCUUUUGAAUGGAAUGAAGAAAGUGACGAUGAUGACUCACAAACAUAUAAGGAAGAAAAGUGUACUUUUAAGGAUCCCAUAUGGGAAAAUAAUCCAAUCUAUAGGAUAGGAAUAUCAGAAGGAGAUGCUACAAGCAGACUUUCACUUAUGGGCUUGGAUUGGGAUAACAUUAAUGCAGAUGAUAUAUAUGUAGUUCUGUCAAGUUUCUUAUCUCCAUCAAAAGUAUUAUCUGUAGGCAAUACAAAUAAUAAAUUAAUUAGGGUUAGUAUAUAUCCUUCUAAUUUUGGAAAGGAAAGAAUGGAAUAUGAGGAGGUCCAUGGUCCUACAAUACAAUCAACAAGACAGAAAGAUGUAGAUUCAGGUGAGGAAGAGGAUUUAGAAGCUAUUAGAAGAUAUCAAGUUGAAAAGUCAUUAUAUUAUUAUGCAGUUAUUGAGUGCGCAGACGUAAAUUCUGCUAUUAAACUGGCUAAUGAAUUGGAUGGUAUGGAGGCGGAUUUUUGCAUAGAUUCUUUAGAUGUACGUUUUGUUCCAGAUGAUUUGAUCGAAUUUCCAUAUCCUCCAAUAAGUGUUUCAUCAUGUAUUCCUACUAAAUAUAAACCACCAGAUUGUUUUAGGUCAGCACUGAAACACUCUAAACCCUUAUUAAUAUGGGAUGAUACACCUCUUGAGAGAGUUAAAUUUUUAAGAAAGAAAUUUACUCCUGAGGAAUUAUUAAGUAACGAUUUUGAUGCUUAUCUAGCAUCAGAUAUUGAAAGUGAAAAUGAAUAUGAUGAAACUAAGAAUAUUAGUAAAGCAGGAUUAGGUGGUGAUUUAGAAGAGAAUCUUGAUGAAAUAAGGCAUUUACUACUGGGUGAUGUGCAAAAUUUAUUUGAUAGCAAUACAAAUUCUAAAGAUAAUGAUGAAUAUGAUCCUUCAAUAUAUGAAAUGAAGAAAAAUAUGAGACAAAAAAGUAAGUGUAGUGAUAUUCUAGAAAUAGAAUUUAAACCACAAUUAGAGGAUUUAGCAAUAGACUUAAUAACUAAAGGUACACAGAAAUGGGAGGAUGAAACAAUAUGUAAAGAUAAUGUUGAGACAUUGACUCCUUGGCAAACAUAUUUAAAGAAGAAAAAACAAAAGAGAAAAGAAAGAAAAUUACAAGUUAGGGAAAAAAUUAGAGAGCAAAGACUUCAAAGAGAACAAGGAUCAUUAAAUAUUCGACAUAUGGAUGGUGAAUUAGAUGUAAAUAAAAAUCAAAUUAUAGAUAGUAAUUCGAAUAUACUAUAUAAUAAAGGUAAUAAUAUAAAUGACGAUGAUGAAGAUAGGCACUUCGAUAUGAAAAAUCUACGUCUACUUGAAAAGUCUGAUAAAAAAGUAAAGUCUAAGAAGAGACAAAAUCUUAUAAAAGUUGCAACUAGUGAAUCUAUCCAAAUUGGAUUUUCAGGAAGUAUCCAUGAUCCUAGAGUUUCUGAGAUAUUUACCAACCCUGACUUUGCAAUUGAUCCAACAAAUCCUUUAUAUAAACCUACAAAUUUUAAUGAGACUUUACUUAAAGAAAAACGUAAACAGAAAAUUAAGAGGGAUAAUACUCCAAAAUUACUGGAUAAUACUAAUCAAGAAAAGAAAUCUGAUUUAAAUAUGAUUCCUGAUGAAGUCAAAGACUCAUUCACGCUAUUAUCGAAUAAAAAAACCAGAAAGUAUUAA